AUGAGACUUUACACGUCUCACCGUGUAGCCCGAGGUCUGAGAUCUGUUUGGGGUGACGUAUGGAGGCACAGCAUAUCUACGCCCCCAAUCAGGCGGACCACCCUUGCGCCAUGGCGGUUGCAUAUGUCGAUAACCUCACGGACAAAAGUCAUGCUCUCAUUCGACCCGCUCCUAGCCGUUGACGUCUAUCCGCCCGAUAUUGCGUCGAUCCGGGGCAAUCGCCGACUCAACCUUAUGGGGCCAUGGAUAGGAUCCUCUAUGGGACAAGCUCGGAGUUUGACGUACCUCGUGCCCCUUAUAAAGGCGCUUUCCGGAUGGGUGGAUUGA